AUGAGUUCCCCCCGUGCUGCCUGGUCUGGUGUUCAUGACUGUCUCACUGUUGUCCUCCUCUUGUUGAUUGCUUCAUUCGUCGUGAAGUUGUCUGUUGUGGAAGAUGUUCCGAUCAGCCACGUCCCAGUUCGAUCGAUUGCUAGAGAAGACUUACAGUUCUUGGAAGUGCUUUUACGGACAAUGGUCGUCCAUGGGAACGAUGUCCCACAUAAGGCCACAAGCCAUCUGCUUCUGGAACCAGACCUGGCUGCCACUAUUCAGCUUUGUGACCACAUCCGACAAGGGGAUACACAGCCCAAAUAUGCCCUGAGUGCAUUGAAGAAGAAAUUGUAUGACAAAAAUCCUAAUGUUCAGCUGUUUUCUCUGCAGGUUUUAGAAUCAUGGAUGAAGAAUUGUGGUACAUUGAUUCAUGAUGAAGUUGCUACUCGUCCAUUCAUGGAGGAGCUUCAAGAGCUCGUCCAGAGCUCUGGCAACGAGAAAGUGCGAUCGAAAAUCCUCGAACUUGUUCAGGUUUGGGCAUAUGCAUUCAGGAAUGAACCUCGCUACCGAGUUGUACAGGAUACAGUGAACAUUAUGAAGGCUGAUGGGAACACCUUCCCAGCUCUAAAGGAAAGCGAUGCCAUGUUUGCUGCCGACACUGCGCCGAAAUGGGUCGAUGGAGAUUGCUGUCAUCGUUGCCGUACUCUGUUCUCUGUGAUAAAGAGAAAGCAUCACUGCAGAGCAUGUGGCCAGAUCUUCUGUGAUUCCUGCUCCAGUCAUCACACAACUCUGCCCAAGUUUGGUAUCGAGAAGGAAGUCAGGGUAUGUGACACAUGCUGGGAGAAGUAUGGCAGAUCCAUUUAUUCAUCCUUGAAGUCUUCAAUUGACAAGGAAAAGGAAGAUGAUCUCCCUGCAGAAUACUUAGCUAGCUCCCUGUCAAAGCAGCCCCAAUUGCCUGCAACCAAGACUGAAGAAGAGCUAAGGGAGGAAGAGGAACUGCAGCUUGCACUAGCACUUUCCCAGUCUGAAGCCGAAUCCAAGGAUCAUAAGCAAAAGCAGAUGAAGGGUGUGUAUAAUUCCAGACCUGCUGCCUACUCACCUUCCUUUCAAGAAAAUAAUGCACCCGAGAAAGUUGAUGGCCCAGAGAGUGACCCAGAGCUGGCUCGCUAUCUCAAUCGCUCCUACUGGGAGAAGAAGAACUUGGAGCAUGAGAAAGACAAGGGCAGUGUCCCAAAUGAUGUACCUUCAGCUCCAGUGUCCAAUGUAAUAACUACUUCAGCCUCUGUUUUGUCCCCCAUCAAAAAUAAUGAGACGCUCUUCCUCAACAUCACCUCGCUCCAUUCCAGGCUCAUUCAAGCCAUGGAGGAAGAAGAGAGAAAACGAUGUUACUAUGAGGGUCUUCAAGACAAACUGAGCCAGAUCCGGGAUGCAAGAGCAGCUUUGGAUGCCUUAAGGGAAGAACACAGGGACCGAAAGCGUCGAGAGGCCGAGGAAGCUCAGCGUCUCCGGCAGAUCCAGAUGGCACAGAAGCUGGAGAUCAUGCGGAAGAAGAAACAGGAAUAUCUUGAAUACCAGCGGCAGAUGGCAAUGCAGCGGAUGCAAGAACAGGAGCGUGAGAUGCAGAUGAGACAUGAGCAGGAGCGCGAGAUGCAAAUGAGACACGAGCAGCAGAUGCAUGGGUAUCAAAUGGGACAGCCACAGAUGCCUGUCAGCUACCCUAUGCCUCAUGUCCCUACCACUUACCCUGUCCCAUCUGCUGGAUAUAUGGGAGGAGUAGUGGUGAAUCAACCUACUGGAGUCCCUCAGCAACCCCCAGUGUUAGGAGCCAUGGGUCCACAGCAACCUACAGUGUUAGGAACCAUGGGUCAACCUCAACCUCCAGUGUUAGGAGGUGUUGGUCCACAGCAGCCUUCAGGCAUUGUGCCUUCUCAGCAACCUGGGAUGAUUGGGCCUCAUUCUCGCCCACCACCACAACAACAGCAGCAGCCACAUGGUGUUCCAUCGCAGCCGAUGCCUCAUGGCUCUCCCUUACGUCACCCUCAGCAGCAGGCCAUGUUUCAACCUGGAAUCUCCACGCAGCCACCACAUCCUUCAGCUUAUCAGUUUCCUGGAAUGUUUCCUGCAUCAAAUGCGUCGCAAUAUCCAAGCAUGCAACAGCAGUCUGUCCCUUCUAUGCCGAUGAUCAGCGGUCUUCCUUCCUCUCAUAAUUCCAUUGCACUUCAUGAGAACAGAGUGGAGGAACAAGUUGGAGAGCUCAUCUCUUUUGAUUGACGAGUGCAAGAUCCAUUCUUCUGUAUCUUAAAAGAGUUAUAUUUAAAAAUAUGACCCUAUCAAUAUAUAUAUUGAAGUAUGGGGUUGCAGUUUUCAAAAGAAAUUAUUGCAACUUUUAUUCAGCCUUUCCCUUUUCACAAAAGCAAUGAGCAAUGCACCAAACAAAAAAGUUUCACUUCUUGCUGCUUUAUUUUGCAAUGCUGCUUUUCUCAAUGUCUGAUGGUCGUGACCAUGACAGAGUCUUCUUUUCGAGAUCUGAGUUAUCAAGGCUGAGACUGUGAAGAGUACAGACUCUUGACAACUCAAUACUUGCGCAUGCCAAUGACAGGAUCAUUGCAGGUACAUUGAGUUGUUCAUGAGGAAUAAAAGGAAUCUGGUGCAUGCUAAGUUGUCUUAUUUCUUAUCAAGGGUGAGGCUUUUGGCUGGUACAUUUGGC